AUGGGUGACGGCGGCACGGGGCCCUCCGAACCCGUGGGCCCCAAGCCCGUGGCGCGGGCGGUGGAGUCGCUGGGAUGGCUGACGGAGAGCGCGCUGCAGCCCAGGAAGCGCCGGGCCAUCGACGGUGUCACACCUGGAACCCUGAUUGACUUGAAGGCUCAACUGUACCGCACUCAAGAGGAGGCAAGGUUGGCUGCAGAGGCAGAAGGUGGAAAGCCUCCAAGGCGAAAAACUGGCAAGGACGUGGUCAUAAAGAACCCAGGGGUGGAGGAGAGGGAUCAAAAAGACAGACUUCAUGUCAAGAGUACUGCAGACAGGGCGUCUGAGUGCUAUGCAGCAUUGGAGCGCAAAGCAGAUCUCUACAACAGAAUCAUGAGAGGAGAAGUGCGCGAUGAUGAUGACAUAUAUGAAGUGGAUUUCUUGCGAAAGGGCAGUGGCCAUGAUCGUGAGGGCCCACAGCCACCUGGGGAAGAACUGGGGGAGGCAGGCCGUGUUGCUGGAAAUUCUCAAGAACAACAAGAGGAUCGGAAGCGAGCUGACCACGGUGACUACGAUAGUGAAUUAGAGAGGGAUGAACGUAGAAAACAACAAAAAGAGCUUAUUCUUGAGCAAGCAGAGCUGACAAAAGAAGGCCGAGAACGUGCCAUCCGAUUAAAGGCGCGGCGAUCUGCACAGAUGCAGAGGAAACGAGAUCGGCUCAAGGCAGCCUUCAUUAAGAAGAAGAUGAAGAAACUCAAGGCGCAAAUGCAUGCAGCUCCUGAAAGGCAAGAUGCAAAGGACACAAGUGACAGGGAAGAAGCGGCUGAUAGCGACGUUGAAAAGAGUUCAUAG